CGCGAUGACACAUUCCGGAGCUUCCAGUUUGCGCACUGCAGCGGAGUCGAAUGUUGCAGAGAUUCAUGUGCCCUGAUGGAGAAUCUUCUGGCACGAAAAGAUAGCAUGGACAGCAAACCGUUUGCUCUUAUAUCGCCAUGUACCCCGCGAGUCGCUUUCUCGCCCUCUUGGAUGCCUCAUAGCACCGAGCAAUACCAUCUCUGAAGAAACCCGGGAUACCCUGCUGAGACCUUGUUCUUGUUCUUGUUCUUGUCCAUAUCUCGAAGCUUAUCGUAACGGGCAGAGUGGCAACGUUUUCCGUUCCGGUUCCGGAAUCCCACCUCGGCGUCCUCCGGCCCACAACUCUCCAUCUCCUCGUCCCGUCCGUGCCUCUCAACGCCAGCACCUGGGGAAUAUCGUCAACAAACUUUAACCCAAAAACACAAACAAACAAUGGGUUCCCUCAACAUCACAAUCACCCUUCCCAGCGCCAGCCUCCCCUUCUGGCACAUCAACGUCCCCGAGACGGAACGCACGACCCAGUGCCCACCGUACCUCGUCGGCCUCAACCCCAAAGACCUCCGCACCGUCUCCACGCCCGACUCGGAGUAUCGCACCCAGACAUGGGAGGAAGUCAGCUACCUCAUCCGGACAAACAACCUGGAGCGGUUCCAGCGCGUGCCCUCUGACCUGCGCCGCUACAAGGCCUUCACCUACCGCCUGGGCAAGAUCCACGGCAGCAUCGCAAACUUUGUCCUGAGGGAGCGUCUGCGCUGGGACAUGCCCGUCGUGGCCCGCGGCGCCCCGUUCCAACACGAGGACGACUUCAAGAUCCUUCACAACGACUGGCCGUACGGGCUUGAUCGCCGCAUCGUCCACCUGGUCGUCUGGACAAAGUUUGAGCUCAAGGCGCGCUCUGCCACCGGGGACUUGACGGACAAGGCGAGGAAGGAGAUUGACGACUUUGUGACCAAGACGUUCCGAUCCCGAAUGCCCGCCAACACGGUCAUGUGGUUCAAGAACUGGGCAGCCUUGAAGUCUAUUCAUGCUGUGGAACACUUCCACGUCAUGCUCUUCAACCCUGAUCCCGAGUUUAUCAAGGAAGUGACCAACGGCGAUGUGCCUCAGUGUGACAAGGCCGACAUUUAACGAACAUGCCUGAUGAUUGAAUGACUCUUUUUUCUUUUUCCUUUUUUCUUAUUUUUUGAUGAUUUUGAUGUAUGGAUAGAAUAGACUGGAGUUUUCAUUUCCUUCGUUUACAGGAUAGAGGUUUGGAAUUACAAAAUACUUAGAUGGUAGAUUAAACGGAACCAAGGCAUUAUUAGACCUCAUAGAUCAUGACGCACAGCGGGACUGUGUGGCGUCUCAUCGAGAUAGAUUUUCAUUUAUAAUUUAAUACCCGUAUAUGAAUUACGUAUCUAUUCGUGU